AUGAUUGCAUGGAUUAUCCGGAUGCUCAGCAAUCCGGAAUAUCUGAUUGUUCCCUAUGAGGGAAGCUAUGACUUCAUGUUCAUCGUAGUAUUCCAGUCCCAACCGGCUACCAUUCCCUGCAAACCUACCGAUUCCCGAGCUAAGGUCUCGCUGUGGAAAGUGCACACCAACUCUGGUCCACAAGAGAUUGUUGUCAAUAAUACUCUGGGAAUCACCUAUAACUCGAAGAAAGGCUAUCACUUUGAAUACCCGCUUUGGGACGGGGAGACCAGUCUUUUGGAGUGUAAAGUGGAGUUAGACAACACCGAAAUGAUAUCAUCCAUAAGCAUUCAUAUUGGAUGUGUAUUUCCGGUGGAUCCGCAUCCUCUUAUCGAUGACAGUAGAGCUAAAAAUGUGUUCAUAAACAGCACUUUCAGUUUAAAAUGUUUUGUUCACAUUGAACUCGGAAUUAAAAUUGUGAUUACGUGGGACGUCCCUAAUAAAAAUACUUUAGAAAGAUCUGUGGAAUCGAUGGCUGAAACUCAGAGAAAUGAAUUGAAUGGUAAUAGUUAUGAUACGGUGUCUCGGAAUCUGACCAUAACUGGGGCACAGAUGGAGGACGAAGGCAUAUAUCACUGCAAUGUCACGGAUAGCAACGGAAGAGUGUUCAGUGCUUCCAAGAAAGUCACGGUUUACGAGAAUGGUCUACCCCCGUCAUAUGUAAACUUUUCAAUGGAUAUUAAUAAUGAUGCCAUAAACGGAUUCUCAAUCAUAUCAUCAACAGAUGAGCCCACAGUUCGCGACGACAUAACCCUUACCUGUAAGGCCAGUGUAUAUAACUAUACAGAAUUAAAUUGGAUUAGAAAACCAUUG